AUGGCGGAAGUAGGAAUGAAUCCUUUGCCUUCAGGUUAUGAAUACGAGUUUAUUUCGACUGUCCUUGAUGAUCACCACUGCCUUAUUUGUCACUUACCUUUACGAGAACCAGUUCAAACAAGAUGUGGCCACAGAUUCUGCAAAAAAUGUCUUAAUGAAGCGAUUAGAAGGUAUGAAAAUCGGCCACGGCUGCUUAACUACAGACUACAGGGGCACCCAACGACAAUUUUCGGAAAAAUAUCUUUUCGGAAGACGAUUUGAGAUCUAGAAUUUUCGGAACAUUUGUUGUAAAAUUUCUUGCUUGCCUGCUUCUCCUAGGAUUUUCGAACAUCUAAAAUGUGGUAUAAUUGCCUAUUUUUUCUGGCUGAAAUUUUCGAAAAGGUAAGUUUUGAUCCCUAUAAUUUUUGGAUCACUAGACUUUCAGCUAGGAAAUCCGAACAGAUGAAAAUUUUUUAGGGGAUAAAAAUAUGCCUAUAUCUACCGUUUAAAUACCAAAAUACGUUUAGCAAUGCUAUGUUUUAGUGGUUUUGAACUAUAUUCUCGUUGGGUGCCCCCUGUACAGAAUACACCCCAACGAAUAUACCUAGAAAUUUGCCUUGGCUUGGUGGCUCGGUAGUCCCGACUAACGAGCCACCGAGCCACUGAACUAUAUAACCUCGACUGAAGAGCCACCGAGCUAUAAUACAUACUAAAACAUAUACCUUCUAUGUCUGUCUUACACUUAUAUGUCUUAUAUCUUUCUCGUUCUUUAAACACUUGUCAUGACUAGCGAGCCACCGAGCCACUUCUGUUUAAGACCUUAAAAUAUGGCCCUGUAUUCUGUAGUUGUGAAAAUCGAAACAGAGUUUUAAGCUUAGGCUUCUCUUACGUUCCACUGUUGAAAUUUCAUUUGAAACAUUACCAGGCACAUUCUAAUAGACGUUCUGGUAAGAAGAAUAACCUUCUUUGUCCAGAUUAGAUUGAGAUAAUAAUAUUUCUCAAAAAUAUUAAGGUCAGCUUUAAAAACCAGCUUAUGUAUAAAAACACUGCAACAGGUAUUCUGCCCUAAAAUUGACCACUACAGAAAAUACCAUAACAUACCAUAAUGCUCUUUUUUUGUCACCCCAAAAUUUUGCAUAAGCAUUAUCUUCAGUUUCUCUUGGGAGUUAAAAUGGCCCCAAGAGAAAGUGAAAACAAUGCUUAUGCAAAUUUUGAGGUGACAAAGAAAGAGCAUUAUGGUAUGUUAUUGUAUUCUCUGGAGUGGUCAAUAUGCAGUGACCUAAUUAUAAUUAAUUCCCGAGUGUCACAUUUCAAAUCAAGAAUACUAAAUACUCCAUGCAGUUGUUUUCACUUUUGGUCAUCUUAAUUUUUUCACAACAGCAUUAUUCUGACUUACUUAUGUGGCAUGACCACAAAAUACAUUGAAUGUUGCUUUUGGGGUUCUGAGUUGAGGUCAAAAUUUCAAGUUUUGAGGUCUAACUUAGGGGCUGUCGACAUAUUCAUUUUUCCCCCACUUAAUUAACAUCAACUGGACGUUUAGGUGGGAGGGGGGUAAUUAAGGCAGUGGAUGUUAGUGCAGGGCAUUUUUGGACAAAAGCAGACUCAGAUAUACAUUUUCAUACAUUUACGUCAUGUGUGGAGCGUGAGUGUUAAUUGUGAUCUUUUAUAAAACUCUGCUCUUAACUACCAUGAGUAUUUUACAUUGUGAUUAUUUAAGCUCUAUCAGGCUUAAUCACCUAUAAAUUUUUACAAUACCAAAAAUUAUGGUUAGUUUGCUGAUAAUGUAAAUACAUUUGUCAGAACACAACCGGAAUCUUUUUUCAUGACAUACUUUCGACAUCAGCAUUCUAGCUGUUUUGAGAAUUUGUUCACAGCCUCAUUGGACAAAAUCCAAGGCUAUCAUUUUCACUUCAAUGUAACAACAAAUGACAAUACGUUGACUUAAGCUGAAUAACGUACAAAGUCGAUAACUUUUAUAAAGAAUAACAAGCUAUCUUAACAGUGUUCAACAUGUGGCAAACCCAGCUUAAAUUUCUUCCAAUUCUUCCCCUCCUAGGUAUCUCACUAUACAGAUAUUCUUUGUGGUAUUGCAAAACUCCUUGAUGAAGUUUGCGUUAGUCACACGAAACAAAUAGGAGAUAAUAAAAGAGUUUGUACAACUCAAGAAGUUCGCAAAAAUGCUGCUCAUUGGUUUAUCCCUUUAAACAUAAAUAUAUAUAAUGAAGUUUCUACCAUGUUUGUAAAGCAGUAAAUUGUGUUGAUACCGUUGACAUCUUCACGCAAGUGUAUGUCAGUAUUCCUUCUGGAAUGCAGUGACUCUUGGGGCAGCAAAAUUUCAAGUGGACAUUAAUUAAGGAGUUGGAGGGAGGGGGGUCUGAUCUAAACGUCCAGUUGACGUUAAGUGGGGAAACAGUGAAUAUGUCGACGGCCCCUUAGUUUUGAUUGAAGCUAUUAUUUACAAUCUGAUUCUUGAACUUAACAUGGCCAGCCUGGGUUAACUUUUUUGUGUCAUGUUGUGUGACCAUACUACCGCCAUAAAGAAGUUUUCAGAGGGCCUGAAUUUUUUAGGUGCUAGUUUUUCUGUAGACACUGUAGAAUAGCUGUACUUACAUGUAACUGACUCUUGCAAGUAGUGGUCACCUCUAUACAGUGGCAACAGCCACCACUUCAUUUGAUUUUAUGGCGGUUUGUUUAUUAACAGACUUAAGAUGCAAUCAGUAUCAUUGGAAAAAUUUGCUGGACCUCUUAACUUACAUUCUAGCAAUUUUUUUCCACACAAACCCUUUUUUUUUCAGACAUUCUAACAUCCAUAACUUCUGAGUUUUAUUAACCUCAGAAAGUCGCCAGUUAGUCUACUCAAACUUGGCUUUCUGCCUAAUUUCCUGAUGCCCUUCCUAUCCCUGGUAUAAAAAUGUUUUGCAUAAGGAAGGUCACUUCAUAUCACUGCAAAUGAGUCCUGUUGUCUUUCAAUAUCAUUGGUACUCAGGUCUCAGACACAGGUAGCAGACACUGAAGAUUGCAUAUUUUAUCACACCCCUACCUCUCCACAAAAGUUGCCAGUUCUAUGUCUAUUUUUAGGUGGGGUCCCUUAAAGAUUUAAAAUUUACUUGUCCCAAAUAUUAUUAAUCUUUAAGUUGCCAGGCCUAGCCAACUUUGAAGCAACUAAUUAUUAUUUGAAGUAGAGUAUUGAUAUAGACUUUGCUGUAAUAAAGUUGUUGUGCCCUGUAUUAUGUAGGUUACCAGUUCCAGCAUGUCCAGCAGAUAGAGAGAGACUGGAUCCAGAGAAGGUAAUUGUCAAACACUGAACAUGGUGACUGUUUACACUGUGAGAAAAGACAGAUGAGGCUGAAUUCCAAGCACCUUAUAAAGAAGACUGAAGAAAGGGCUAUAAUCAUUUAUAAUUCCCUUUCUUCUCCCUCUCCAUAAUAAUAUAUUUAACUAAUGGUUAAGAUAUUUUACUUAUAAUCAGGUAUAAAUGGGGUUUCAAACUGUUUUCUCCCUAAACUGUUGGAAACUGGAAUUUGAAAUAGCAAUGUGUCCUUUCGUGGAGAAAAGAGUAUCCGUGCAAGGGGCUGGUUUGUCUCAGAUUCACCAUAAUUUGUUCUUUAUUUACAUAACAAUGAAAAGACUUCAAGCCUGAGGAUCAGUUUAAAAACGUCGGAGAGAAGGAAUAAUUUAUACCAUUAAUUCUGUUGAUCCAGCAAAAGUGAUGUUCCGACAAGAGCUGUUGGUUUGGAAUUAAUGUGUUGUUGAGUUCCUUGUACUUUCAAUAAUUUGAAAAUCAUUCAGACAUCUGAAUCUGAUUCACAUUAUCAUAAACAAUGGCACAACUUCUCGGAGACAUUUUCUCCAUAAGUUACCGGUAUGCCAAAACUUUAAAAAAAUGAAAGUCGUAAUUUUUUUUUUCAACUUUCCAGCAAGAUACUUUGUUAUUAAUUUUGACUGUAAAUGAUUAUUUGUUUCUUUACAGGAUAUAUUUCCUGAUAAAGCCACUGAGAGAAAUAUUCUGUCUUGUCAUGUGAAGUGCCCCAGUAAAGAGUGUGAGUGGACUGGGGAGGCCAGAUAUGUAGAGGUAAAGUAGAGUUGUGUCAGAAGUACAUGUUGUUUUACUGACCAUGAACUUAUUCCAAAGACCUUAGAGAAACCUGUUUCUAAAUUAUCUACUUCCCUUUUUUUCUUGUCAUUUUGAGGGGACAGGGUGAGAUUAUAAUUUAAAAAUUUGCUUGUACUCGGCAAGCUGUGCUGAGGUUUAUGAGCUUGCAGCAGUUAUGGCAGUCUCCUUCGCAGCCGCUUAGGCUGGAGUCACGUGACCUCCCCGUUCCCAUGCCGUUGCUUCAAACCGACGUACAUUCCUUUCCCAGGAUUCAGGCUCACAUGUACAAACACUUUUGUUCAUAAACAUUUAUGCAAUAUCGUGGCUAAUGUUACUUGCCCAUCAGACAACUUGCAAUUAAAACAUGCUAGUAGGUGGGUGAAUAGGGGUAUGCAAAUCCGGCGAUCCGAUACCAAAUCCGCCCUUUCAUUUUUACCCUGAAUCUGAAAUCCGGGCAAAAACAUUUGAAUUACACGCAAAGUCCAAAAUCCGGGCCCAAAAAGUAGAUGAAUCCUCAAUCUGCUGCAAUUGCAGGAUCCGGAAAUACGUUAAAUCUCGCUUUGAAUCCGAAAUCCGGGCAAAAAUAUUUUCAAAAUCCGCUGAUCCGUUCGCUAUUCACCCCCCUCUACUAGCCUGACACUGGUUGCUCCAUUAGCCCUAGGCUACAUCAGACAGCAGUUUUUGUUGUGCUCUGGUGUACUAGAUAUAUCCUGUUGCAGAAUUUGAUGGCUAUACAAAUUUAUUUAGCAAUAACACAUCCAUAUUUACCUACCCUUAAUAGCCUGAUGCUUGCUUUGAUAACAUUUGGGUUGAGAAGUACCUCUCCAAGAAUUUUCUACAACCGGCAACAAAAUUGUUGUCAAAUGGGGUAACUUUGGAGACAAAACAACACCCCUCCCCCGUCUCGUAAAGUUGGGGUGUUUGUUGUUUUGUACAGAUACAUGUAGCUCGAACAGUGGCACAACAUUGCAUGGUGUUUGUAGGGGAAGGAAAGCUUUAUUUUCCUUUUUUUUAAGUUGGCAAAACGUUAAAAGUGUCUCAACUAAUUAUGUCGCCCAUAAUUUGUAAUUACCUUUCUCAAGGAGGGUGUAAAACUAAUUUUUAUCCUUUUUCACUCUUCUAGACCCAUCUGGAGAGCUGUGGUUACAAGAUUAUCACUUGCUCCAAUUCUAACUGUCACAUGCAAAUGGAAAGAAGACUUGUGGAUGAUCAUGUGACUAACUUGUGUCAGUGGCGAAUAGUGCAUUGUGGGUACUGCAAUGAGAAGCAUGUUAAAUGUGAUGAAGAGGUAAUUUAGUGUAGUGUGAUUCUUGUUUAGCUCUAUACAACAUUUUUUUUAGAAAUGGGCUUUGUAAAGAGUCUUACAAAUAAUUGGAGUGUAAAUAAUAUGUUCGUAAUCACAAAUUAACUAUAUCAGAACAUUUUUAAUCCUAAGAGUAGAUAUGUAUAGAUAGAUUGAUUGAUAGAUAAAUUGAUUGAUUGAUUGAUUGUCACAUUGUAACCCAGAGGUUAAAUUAGGCGAUUAUUUACAAAUAAUAAAUUAUAGAUACUUUAAAAUACCACCACUAUUGAGUAGCUAAUUUAUAGAGAAAAAUGUAACAAAUGAUAUGAGUGGAACCCUAUGAAAGAAUGGUGACCCCAGCUAGUUCAUCAAAUUUUGGUACAAACAAAGCCGCAGAGGCAGGUGGAGUAUUAAUGAAACAAAACAGAAAACUUACAUGAGACAGUACCUUACACAGCAACAUGUACAGCGAUUUUCAGGAAGUGAUUUUCAGGAUCACCAACUUUGCACUCUCUAUUACCUCACUCCGACAAAUUAAUACAUUGCUUUCAUUCUUGUUAAGUUUCUCAUUGUUUUGCUUCGUUCUUUAUUGUUAUGCUUUUGUACAGCAUUAUAAUGUGAAGACUUAUACAAUACAAUGCCAUGCAUAAAUUUGUUGGAGUAUCGGACAACCAUCAUAAACUUGUCAUUUAAAUUCUUUAUAAUAUAAUGGAACCCUAAAAAUAGUAUAGGGCUUUAGGAACUGGCAAAAUUAGUUCAUUCAAAAUAUUUUGCUGCGGGCAUAAACACUGUAGAUAUGGUUGCAUAUUGCCAAUAUACAACCACAACCUAAUUGUUUCCAGGCAGCAGUGGCAGCCCGGCUGUUUUGACAUGAGUGUGAAACUUAAGAAAAUGGCAAAAGAGUUCAUGGCUGUUCAAAGAGAAAAUAUAUAGCCCAAUCGCUGACUAAAACAGAAUGCAACAUUAGUGCAAGGAUACUCAAAACACAUUGCUUGAUGCAUUUCAUCUGCUUUUUGAGGAGUAUCUGCAAGGAAAAAACAUCUGUUCAUAAUCUCGAAACCGUAACGCGUACUGAGAAACAAGCAAAUGUUUUGAAGAAAGCCUAUGAGGAUGUAAGAACUUAGAAAUAUUUUCAAUGAAUAGUAACACUGAUAAAUCAUUGAAUUUGGCUGUCUUGUGAUGUGAAGAACUUUGCAGACGUUGUUGCUAGAUAACAUCCUCCUUGAUCUGCAUAAUUCUUUAUGUCAUAAUAUUGUUAAUCCUUAUUCCAUUAUUGUUAAUCUAAAUAUUCCUUUUUUAGGUGUCAGUUGUGUUGAGAUUGCACCUAAGAUAUUUCUUCAUGAGUAAAUACACUGCCUUUCACUUUGUAGCCUGUGUACAGACCCCCCUCCCCUCAGUAAAAAUCGAUUUUAAAGGGGAGGUGGGGGCUUCUAUACACAGGCUAUUCACUUUGUUGAUUGUUAAUGUAUUUAUACUUUUUUGUAAAGUUGGAGGGGAAGAAGAGGGCUAGCAUGCCUUAAUGCUCUUCCUUGGAUUACUACUUAAUCAGGCAUUUUCAUAAAGAGAAGCAGAGUUUUUAUUUGGGAAUAAAAUACUUCUUUUACCUUGUGCACAGAAACACGCCGAUGAAUGUCAGAAGAUACCUACUGAUUGUUCUAAUGGGUGUGGUCAGGUCAUUGCAAGAGAGAAGGUAAAGUCAGCACACACUGAGCCAAAUAGAUUGCUUGUUUGUUUUUAGCUCAUUAAGCAGGAGCUAGAUUCUUAACUCAUGGAGAAUGGCAGCCGUUCUUUUCUAGAUCAAGAAAUGCUGUUGAUGUGUGCAGUUAUUUUAGAGCUGCUGUUAAAAAAGUGUUUCACAAUCCUGUGGAGGAGCAUGUUUCUGUAGAUGUUUUAACAUGCAAAGCAUCAAAAUAAUAAGAAAGAACGAAAAAGUCAUAAAGACGGUUGUGUAGUAAACACUUAUAAUUGAUAACCUACUCUGAUCUCUUUGUUUUAGAUUGGAAAUCACAUUGAAACUGACUGUCCACUUACCAUGAUUCACUGCUCUUAUUUUUCAGUGGGCUGCAAUACAAAGGUGCGAGUCUUUAACAAUUCUGUUGUAAUUUUAAAAAGAGUUCUCCUUUUAAUGUCACUCGAGUAAAUUUGUAUUUUAUUGAUCCAAAUGCAUAUAAUCUUAAGUAGCAUCAUUUAAACCGCAAGUAGCGGCUUCCUUUCAGUUUGUAAGGUAUUUUUCUGUUUUACCAAAAUUCUCACUAAUUUUGGUGGAAACAUAAAUGCCUGGGGAACGCCUCGGUUUGGGUUGAAAUUUGGUCCACUACAUGUGUUGUCAUCUUUGGCCAAUUGUUCCUGGGUUCUUCCAAAAUUCGUGGAAAAGUAAUUAGCUACAGCAAAGAGAGAACGCAAUGUUUCGGUCAAGCUUUUUGAUCAUACAAAUCUGUUCAUUUUUCUCAUGAAACAAGAGUCGCCGAAAGGCGAUUUUUAACUGGGCUGCCAAGGGGCUAUUUUUUCUGAGGGGAGGGGGCGGUUAUACACACUCAGGCUACCAUAAAACCUUGUCGGCAACCAUUGCAUGCGACAGAACCUCAUGUGAGACUGAAACAUAAACUCAUUCAAAACAUUGUACCCUUUUGAAAGACUUUCGUAACCCCCAAAAAAGAGUACCAUUUUUAAGUGGGGGCUGUAUAAUAACUUUUAAAUUCCACCACUAUGAAUAAAAAUAGACAAGUUAGCCAUUAAUUCUAAGCAGGAAACAAUUUGCAUUAUUUCCACGUACCCCUCCCCUAAUCCCUCUGUGCCCCAAAAUAUAGCGUGACAGUAUAACGUGAACUAAUUUGACGUAACUGGAAAUUCCAAAAAUUGUUGUCGUUCUACGAGUAUAAUGAGCUGAUUUACACUAGACAGAAAUAUUGUAUUGUAUGAAAACCAGAAGUAUACUAAAACAGACAGUUAACUGCCCAUUGAUCCCGCCUGAUCCAGGGGCCUCACUGACUGCACGGAGACUUUACUGCGCUUUUCACAAACAUGCGAACUCUAAAGUUCAAAAGCCACCUUCACAAUUGUGUUUAUCGCUGCCGUCAAUCAUAAUUACGAUCAAAAGCAACGAACCUUGAAACAGAGAAACACACAAAACGGAUCGAAAUCCACAAAUCACAAACCAUGACCUUUUGAACCCGUGAAGUAGAGUUUUGUUUCCUAAGAGGUCCGUUAAGAUGAUUGACAGCAGCGAAAAACGCAAUCGUCGGUUGGCUUCUGAACUUCGGAAUUCGCAUGUUUGUGAAAAGUGCGAUCCUCAUUUGCGGUCCACAGUCUACAAGAAAACGCACUAUUUUUUCCACAAGAAGAAAAAUAUUCAGUUUUAAGAUUUUCCUCAUGGUAUUUUUCUCUAACUUAAAGGAAUAAAAUCCUUUGCAUUUUGAGACCUAAAAAAGUUUAAAGACUUCUCGCUCGCAUGUUGCGUUUAUCUCAAUGCACAAUAAUUGACCCUUAUAUUAGUUAAAACCAGAAACCCCAUGAGUUUCUGUUAAAACCCUAUGGUUCAUUUAUAUUAAUGCUGUUUUUGCCCCUCACAUUGACUGUGUUCGUUCGUAUUCAAAACACCUUUACGAAAAUAAAGGUCGUAUAAGUCAUGUGUGUUAUGUUUCGAGAUAAAUGGAUUAUACGCUUUUUUAAGUUUCCAUUUUGCGGUGACUUCAGUUAACAUCUCCAUAAAAUGGUAAAAGAAAUAUCAAGAAACAUCACGAGAGCUAAAAAACUUUCAAAGGCAUGUUUCUGAAACUCGCUAAUGCUGACAUCAAUAUAGCGUGCUUGCUGAAUGGGCGAAAACACAGAAUUGUGAUCACAAGAUCAUGUACAAAUUUAAUAAUAAAGCUUAGCAAGAUACAAAUACAAACAAAAGCAACCCCCCUGAAACCUCGACGUAGGCUACACUUGUAUGCUCUACUCAGUCACCAGACCUUGUCAGUAAUAGCUCCUAUUUUCCUCAAGUCGCUCUCCGUGAAGCUCCCGGAUGGGAUGUUCCGGUGAAGCUUUAAACUUGUGCAUUGUGCGCGAAAUUCUUAGAGUCCCUAUUUUUGUCCGUGUCUUCUUUAUCCUCAGUAUCCGAAAUUUAAAUUUAAUUCCAAAGUGGCGUGUGUUGCAUUAAAUAGAAGGAAAUAUUUAAAGGAAAAGCCAGUCUUCUAACAUGGCAAAGUUGUCACGUCCCUCGCUCAUAGACGUGCGUAGUGCCAUUCAUCGGCAACUGAGUUGUUCGCUUCACUGACUACGAAGCUUACAAUCAAGUCUUCAGCCAUAGUGUCGUCAACUGGUGAAAUACCUUGCUCAUAAAUUGUGCUUCUUAAUUGCUCAUGUACUACAUCGAUCGAUAAUUCUCUCUUUGAGUUCACGAAGCGGCCACGGCGUUCCAAACCUGACGCUCACAGUCAUCUUUUAGUGUGAACCUACCGUGAACAGCGUGUCGGUUUGAAUGCAACGCGAGCAUUUCUCUGAGCUUCCCAGCGCCAACAUCAUCUAACUGACUUAAACUGGAAGAAUAAAAAAAUUAUAGAGUGACUCCCAUGAUCGAAUCGCUUCGAACAACGCAAAUACCCUUCUUCAGGUUCGCAACGCUUUGUGGGUUUUUCAGGGGGAGCGCAGACGAGGUACAAAAAGUAUCCGUGCAAGGGUUCGUGCAAGAGAAACUCAUAUGAAACCAUUUGUGAGAACAUCGUUUCUCGGUACCAGACCCUCGUGUCUUCCCUCCCCCGGGAGACCACUUUUUGACACCGACGACCGAAAGCCCAUUUUAUGACUGGGCGCACAGGCAGCCCAGUAAUAAGAGAUGCAAUGCUCGAUCAGAUCGUGUGGAAAGAUUUUGUUAGGACGGCUCGGGAUGAUUUACGUCCUGAGUAAGUAGGUAAGGGAAGUAAUCAAGUAAGUAUAUAAUAGUCUCUGGCCAAUCGGUCAAGCAUUAACCGGUCGAAGCCCCUGCACGGCCAAUUGCAUUGUGACGUUAUACUUUCUGGGAUAAGAUUAGUAAUUAAGUACACAUUUUCUUGUAGGUUCAGCGUGAAAAAUUGGCUUCUCAUCUUCAAUCUUCUACCGAAGCACAUCUUGCUUUAGCUUGUGUAAAGUUAAACGACACUCAAGAGCAGUUAGCAGUUACCCGAGUUGAGCUAAACAAAGCUCAAAUUCAGCUGAUUGACACUCAAACUCAACUGACUAACACGCAAGGGACGACAAGGGAUUUGGUGAAGAAAGUAGAAAAACUUCAGAGGCAAAUGAAAGAGAAACUGACUAAAAACCAAGUAAACGAAGCUGUAGAAAGUAAAGUGAUGCAGAUGAAAAAGGCAAGGAGUUUUGUGUGGAAAAUUCAGAAUUUUUCUGAACAGUUGAGGCAAGCAAAGGAAGGGGAUCAUGAUAUCUUGAAGAUAAGCGAUCCGUUCUACACAGAAAGUUGCGGUUACAAAAUGCAGUUAUUGCUCUAUCCCAACGGUGCUGGGUCUGGAGAGAACACUCACAUAUCAUUAUAUCAUAGCGUAAUUAAAGGUGAAUAUGAUGCUUUAUUAUCGUGGCCCUUCAAGACAGCUGUGAAGUUUACCCUUAUUGAUCAACAACGCUUCUUACAGCAAAAUUUUGAUUAUUCCUUUACACAUAACGUCACGGAAAGGCCUAAGGAGAAUAGUCCCUCUUCCCUUGGGUUGCCUCAAUUUGUAACACACGAGAAACUUCAAACAAGGCGGUAUCUUGUGGACGAUACCUUGUUUCUGCGUGUUGUCAUUGGCCCGGAUUCCACUCAAUUGAAUUGGUGGUCAACUGAUCCUCUUUCGGGGUCCGAAAACAUUUAA